ACUACUUUUAGUAAACAUAAUCGCCACCUUAGUUUAGUCUACGAUUAUCAUUCGCGUCAGGAAGAUUUAAAACCGAAGUGUUGAUUCAAUGGUGAAAACCGUAAACUAUAAAUCACUUAAAUAUACAGCUUUUGAUGUUGUUAUGACAGUGUCAAACUUUCGUAAAUCUUAACACAAACUGAAAAAACUGCAUCAUGGACACUAAAUACGAAGGCUACGUAGAGAAAUCUGUAGGGGUGUUCAAAAACAAGUCAAAAAUCUGGAUGGUUCUUGGCGAGUCGUCGCUGGCAUUUUUUAAGGACCAGAAGAGUGAAUCCUGUAUUGGAUCCAUUGAUUUAACGGAAAUAACGGACGUCAAAUCUAUUGACGAAAGUUCGUUUGUGAUUAUUACGUCCACGAAGACAUACACAUUUACUCCUUGUACAAAAGGAAAUGUGGUCGAGUGGAUUUGUGCAAUAAAGAAGUGUGUUAACAGAGAUACACAAAUUCAACAAAAUUCAACAAAAUCUGUCGUAGAAGAGAUACACACCGUUCUUCCGGAGGCGCAAUCUAGCAUCUUUGGAGUGAAGCUUAAAUCGACAAAACUUUCACGAUCAUCUAGUGAAAGCGAAUCUCGUAACAGUCUGCAAGAAGGAGAUGCGAAAAGAAGUAAUGUUAAUGCAACUUCUUCUCAUAAUGACUGCCCUGUUCAGUUAGAAUUGUCUGAAGGGGAGCCAGACAAGAAGGCGACCGGUAAAGUAACUGAAGUUUCAAUUACCCGAUCAUGGUCUGAAAGCAUCAACAAAACUGUAGACUAUACAGCUGAAUGUAGAAGUACAGAUAACACUAAAGAGGAGUCCAAACAAACAUCAACAAGUAACAUGAAAUACUUCGACACGACUUUCAUUGAGGUUGACACGAAUAACAAACCAACAGCUACGUAUGCAACUGACAAUACAGGCCAAAAUAAAUCAAUGGAAGAGAUUAAUUCUCCAGCGAGUUAUGAAUUACCUGUAAACUGUUGUAAAAACAUUACGGAACAGAAACGAGAUAACAGACCAUUGUUUCAAACAUUUGAAAUAACCAAUAGCCAAACCAAAUGCAAUUCAGAAACCAUUCCGAUGCACGCAAACAACGUAGAUCGAUCAAACGAAUGGACGUGCAGUACGGGCCUUCUCGCCGACCAAACACUAGAAGCAUCAGAGGCACAGGAUGACGAAGAAAAUAUAAAACAUGAUAAUGGCAUAAUGGAAAAUUGUAAUUCUCCUCUUGCAGCGGAAAGUGAAACGACAUCAAGUAAAUGGAAAUCUGAACAGUCAUCGCCAAGCGAGCUGUCUAAAUUAGUUUCAGUGACAGCUUUAAUAAAAAGCAGCAACAGUGAAAAUAAUGAUGUAUCCAAAGUUCAAAUGCGCAGACCGUUGAGUGGACUGAAUGAAUCCGAUGAGCUAACAAAGUCCAAAAACAAGAAGCAUAACAACCAUUUAACUGAAGAAGUUGACAUGUCUGAGGUUGUAAUGCGAAAUUCAUAUAGAACGUCAAGAAAUAAGAGUUACAGAGCUGAGCAAUCAAUAGGAGCUUCAGGUGUACAACAAAAUGUUUCAGAAGCGACUUCGACUGUGGAAUAUAACGGCCCUUAUACAUCUGCAGAUGAUGAGCAAAGCAAAACAGACGACAAAAGCAAGGAAGAUGAAGUAUUACUUGCCGAUGAUGUCUUUGCUAAUAUUUUUGACACGGAAGAGAGCGCUGUUCAAAUGCCUAUGUCUAGUUCAACAGGAGUUUACAGGGUGGCUAUUGAAAAACUGAAGAGAUAUCUCGUAGAACAUCGGAACGGUUUUGAAUAUGACGUUGAUCGCUCUGUGCACGGAUCUGUUGAUCGAUUGAGACAAUACUUUAAAAUCAGGCAAUAGUGUGGUCAUCACAAUGGCCAAAAUCACAGAAUAGCGGCCGAAAAUGGUUAAACAGGCAAUGUAAUUCAUUAGAUCACAUGCAAACAUACUACCUUAAUUCAGACAAGAACUAUUGAUGUCAUGCGACCAUUAUACUUGACAACUUAUGACAUAAUCAUUUUUAUAACAAUUGUAACUAUAUAUAAGAAAUAACAUUAUUACAUUUUUUAUAUUAUAUUAAAUUUAUAUCAUAAUGGUGCACUAAACAUUUCAUGCGCUUUUGUUGUUGUUUCUUGACAAACAGGAUAAAUCAUUUCAUUGUGUUGUAAUGUCAUUCAAACAGGCUUGCUGAAGUUACAACGCGAUCUAAGCACGUGUUUGCAUAUGCUCGGUUAAAAGACAAUAUAAGGAAACAACACACAUUCACUUGAUACAUUAAUACAAAACAUAUAUUUGACUUAAGAGAAAUAUAUAUAUAGACACACACUAUUGCUAUUUUAUUUAAUAAACUAGCGAACAAACAAAAGAAAACACGAGAUAACCUUGUGUCGCAGGCAAUCAAAACUCUUGAUUUUACUCGACCAUAAUUGAAUAUGAAAGAACUAAAGCAGUUGCAAAUAUGCACGCGUCGUAAUCAAUUACUGUGGUUAUUUUCAAAUGAAAAGUUAUAUAAUGCGGUAACCGAGAAAUAUACCUAUAUAAUGGUCAUAAAUAAGUGAAAAAUAAGGUGUCCUUAGUGAUGAUAGAUAUUAUUGUAUACCAAAUGAAUAUGCCAGCAAUAUGACAUAUAUCGUUGAAAUGUUGGCUCUAUGUAUAAGGAACAUUGAGUUUGUAUUUGUUUACUGUUUUCUCGAAAUAUUAUACGAAGUAUGCGUUGAUGUUGAGUGUUAAUGGGCUUUUAGUAAGAUCGAAUAAGAAUCGUCUUAACUGUU